UUUUAUAUUUUUGGAUGGGGGCUUAUUCGGGGGGGCUUAUACGAGGGGGGCUUAUAGAAUCAUUGUAGACAUUAAGAAGACAUUUUUAAAAGAGCUCGUUUAUUUUAGUAGUAAUUAUUUUCUUUAUGAGCAUUUAAUUAAUUACUACCAAAAGUAUGGAUUUGUUGUGGUAACUCAAUAAAACACCUUUGGAAGCUAUGUAGCAACAUACAGACCCCUCCCUCCUAAGUCGAGACGAUUCUGAACACCAAAUAAGGCCCGUUGGUGCUGCCGCCAUCUUGUUGGACACCAAACAGCAACCGCAACAUUGCGUGACAGAAGAUUUGUGGAUGGCCUAGUCGAGGGGAUUUCCUGUGAAGAUGUUGGGAACGAUUUUACAACUGUUGAAAGCGCAAACGUUCGAGAAGACAAUUGUAGACAAAUGCAUUCAAGGUGGUUCUCCACAUCAUAUGGUAGCAAAAAACAGAAGAUUAUAGUCGCGCGCUGUCUGGUUGUUGUCAAGUUCUUGGUAUCAUUGAAAAUAAGAUAAUACAAAAGCAAGUUUCCGCGUCUUGAACUAAGUUAUCGUUACAAGGUUUCAAGUCAACGUAAACUAAAGCACUGACAGCAAAGGAGUCGUUGAAAUCAAGCUCUUACGAGUGAAUAUGCCAUGGUCUCGAAAAUGUCCUACUCCAAGGCUUAAUCGCCUGAUGUACAUACUUCUGGCCUGUUCUCUAUGUUGCUCACUUUUGUUCAUUUUUCUCAGCUACAAGCUUGAACCGACGACUAUUAAUGAUGGAGCGAAUGCACAGAGACAAAUCUCGUUUUCAGGCAUUCAGGUGCCUUUUAGAAUUAAAAAUCGUGGAUUCAAAAGUGAGAGAAGCUUGUCUAAAAAGCUUGCCGCGGAAAUUAAUUCUCUGAAAGAAGAAUUAUCAUACUAUCAGAAGGUUGUUUACGAUUUGGGACAAAAGAAGUCAGAGAAAUCUUCUCAAAAAAAUAAUUGUCAUCAGGGCUUUGAAGUGCCAAAAUGCCAGGUUCUUCAUGUUGCUAUUGUCUGCGCUGGUUUCAAGGAUAGUAGGAGAGUUGUAACUCUUAUAAAAUCGAUGCUUUUUUAUCGGCACCAACCAUUACAUUUUCACUUUAUUUCUGACUUCUCAGCACGGCUGGUUUUGGAGACUCUUUUUGAAUCAUGGAAACUUCAACAAGUGUUGGUGAGUUUCUAUGAUACAGAAAAAUUAAGGCAACACAUUGAGUGGAUACCCAACAGGCACUACUCUGGCAUUUAUGGAUUAAUGAAGCUGACAUUAACCGAUACACUUCCAGAAACCUUAGAUCAGGUUGUGGUUUUAGAUACUGAUGUUUUCUUUUUGGCUGACAUUGCAGAAUUGUGGAGCCAGUUUCACAAUUUUUCAAAACAUAAGGCAGUGGGACUUGUUGAAAACCAGAGCAAAUGGUAUUCAGGAAAUCUUUUCAGAAACCUAAAGCCUUGGCCAGCCCUGGGCAAAGGCUUCAACACUGGUGUUAUACUGUUGGAUCUCAGGAAACUUCGUAAAUUGAAAUGGUCGCAUCUUUGGCGAGUGACAGCAGAAAGGGAGCUGAUGAAUCUUCAUCACACUCAUCUUGCUGACCAGGAUAUUAUCAAUGCUGUUGUGAAAGACAACCCCUACCUGGUCUAUAAAAUUCCUUGUUUCUGGAAUAUUCAGUUAAGCGACAACACCCAAAGCGAGGAAUGCUAUGGAGACGUUUCAGCUCUAAAGCUGGUUCAUUGGAAUUCCCCCAAAAAAUCAUCGGUACAGCAGAAGCAUGUAGAAUUUUUCAGAAAUAUGUACUUGACAUUUCUGCAAUAUGAUGGAAACUUGUUACGGAGAGAGUUGUUCUACUGCGAUAUUGGUGACCAAAAGCAAGAUGAAAAAGAAACGAAAAACAUUGCUGAUGACGAUCCCUGCCAUGACUAUUACCUGGAACAACAACUUGUUCGUCGUGUUCAUCUUUAUUUCUUGGAUUUCAACUUUCAACCGGUCAAAAAUGACGUAACUCUCGUUGCACACUCAUCGAUGGAUCGUCUCCAGCUUGUGGAAGCACUGCUAAAGUUUUGGGAAGGGCCAGUUAGUCUAUCUUUGUAUGCGUCCGAUGCAGAGGCGCAACAAUUUUUGAGAUUUGCUUUGAAGUCACAUGUUUUUGAGAAACGGUCAAAUGUUGGUGUUCAUCUGGUCUACAAAGACGGGGACUUCUAUCCUGUCAAUUACUUGAGAAAUGUUGCAGUGCAAGAGGCAAAAACAAGCUUCAUAUUUUUGCUUGAUAUUGACUUUUUGCCAAUGCCUGGACUCUAUGAGAAACUCAAGAGGAUGGCAUCAUCUUCUGACAUGAGUAGGAAGGCCAUCGUGGUACCGGCGUUUGAAACAUUUCAAUACAAGCUCGAUUUUCCAAGUUCAAAAGAAAAGUUGCUGGAAUUGCUUGACUCUGGAAUACUAACGACCUUUAGACAUUCUGUUUGGCCUCAAGGCCAUGCUGCAACUGAUUUCAAACGUUGGAGAUCUGAAAAUAAUAACUACAAGAUCAAAUGGCAAAGGGAUUUUGAACCUUAUGUAAUGAUAAAGAAGAAUGCCGCUCCACUUUACGACACGCGGUUUGUUGGCUUUGGGUGGAAUAAAGUUUCUCAUAUAAUGAAUCUAUACGCCUUGAAGUACGAAUUCGUUGUUGCUGCUGAUGUUUUUAUUAUUCACAUGCCACAUGCCCCAUCCUUUGACCUUACAAGCUAUCGUCUCAACAGCAACUAUCGAAAGUGCCUUGCGAAGCUAAAGCUAGAAUUCACAAGGGAGCUUGAGGUCAAAUAUUUAGUGAAGUUUUAAAUGUAGUUGAUAAUGAAAGAGAAAUAAGAAAUAUUAGCCAUGUGACCUAGAGGAUAAAGAAAUAUUUUUUGGCAGAUUAUGUGUACAUAUUUGAUUAUGGCAGGACCUUUGUAUAUUUAAUUUGUGUUUCAAGGAGUGCCGGUGCUAUUUUGUUUAGUUGAUAUGAAAAUUGAAGAAAUUAUUACUUUACAAAAAAACUGUUUUUAACCUGUAAAUGGGAUCUGGAAGUCAUGUUAAGUGUGCAAAAUCGCCUUAAAAGGCUGCAAAAUCAAUGUUUACAUAUUACGCUAUAGCCUGUAGAUCGCCAUUUUACGCUGUAGAUCUGUUUCCGUUUGUAAUCAUCUGUUAUCGAUGAUAAGGUAGCGUAUGUGCGUUUUGGUUUCAUCUGUUUUCACUUUACUCCGUUUUCAAAGGGGUUUUUUAAAUGCAUCCAGUGGAGAGUAUUUCAUAGCGGAGCUCCGUGGACGCAAACCAACACAGGUGCAUUUCCAUUCCCUAUAAAAACGUAGAAGUGUGAAUGGGGUCCAAGUUAGUGGUCAUUCCAGCUUUAAGGAUGCUCUGAUAAAUGCUUUACUCGGAAAACACAGUCUUAGGAAACCUGUCUCAAGAAACCUGUCGCCUUCACAGUUUCAUUGUGCAGUAUCCAAAGAAUGUCCCCACUAAUUAAGAUUUCACAUGCAAAGUCAGCUACAAGUUGUAUUCUUCCUGAAAUUCCAAUUCGUAGCUGAUUAAGCCUGAGACAUAAACUUCCUGUAGCCAGCUUUCCUUUUGCCUUUGUUGUUAUGGCGUUCCUGCGCCUGAAGCUGGAGAAUUGGUUUGUUUAAUAAUGCUAAUUAUAACAAUAAUAAUAAUAAUAAUGCAGUUUGUGUUGUUGAGUAUAUCAGUUGGAUAUAACUUGUUGCUUAUGUUAAGCUAGUUAAUCGUGAACUGUGUCAUAGAUCAAUGCAGACA